GUGGCCGCGGGGGGCGGGGGGGCGGCGGCGGCGGGGCCGGGCCGGGCAGUGUCGGCGGUGCGGCGGGGCCGGGGCCGGGGCCGGGGCCGUGCCGGGUCGGCGGUGCCGGCGCCGCCGCCAUGUACCGGGCGCUGUACAGCUUCCGCUCGGCCGAGCCCAACUCGCUGCCGUUCGCCGCCGGCGAGACCUUCCUGCUGCUGGAGCGCAGCAACCAGCACUGGUGGCUCGUCACCCGCGCCGGCUCCGGCGAGACGGGCUACGCGCCGGCCUCCUACCUGCAGCGCCUGCAGGUGCUGGAGCAAGAUGUGGUUCUCCAGUCCAUUGACCGUGCCAUCGAGGCUGUGCACAAUGCAGCCAUGAAGAAUGGGGGCAAGUACAACCUGGAGCAGAGAGACGUCCUGCAAAAACUGAUCCAUCACCGGAAGGAGACCGUGUCCCGCAAGGGUCACUCGCCAACCCCUCAGGGGAUGGUUAUGACCCAGUCCUCCAGCGAUCACCAUCUGGAUGUGGCGCGGCAGCCCAACGGGGUGUGCCGGACGGGAUAUGAGCGACAUCACAGUCUUCCAAACACUGAGUUUGAGGAGGAGGAUGAAGGCCUGUAUCAGAUCCCGCCACAGCCCCGACGUGCUGCUCCCAUCACACCCCCACCUCCAGAGAAACGCAAGAACGCACAGAUUGCUGCACCCAUUAAAAAUGCUGUUGAAAUUAUCCCUGGGUCAGCUUCUAGCGCCUCCUCUAUGAGCACAACAUCGCUGGAUACCUUGUACACCGCUUCUUCCGCGUCAGAGACUGCUCUCCCGACGGCCACGUCCAGUCCUGCCAACACACCUCCCCCUGUCCCCAGCCGGAGCGUUCACACCACCAUAACGCGCAAUUUGGAUGCGGGCUCGGUGGCUCACUCCCGCUAUGGGACUUCCCCAAAAGAGGGGGCCAGCAAAUCUCCACAGACCAAGCGGGCUGCCCCUGCGCCGCCCGCUGAAGGAGGGGUCCAGAGGUCCAGUGCUGCGGAUGGGGAGAAGGAUCCUCAGGUCAAGAAAGCCGCCCCGGCCCCCCCUGCAAGUCUUGACGCUUUCAGUGCCCUCUGCCUUGAUGACAAGAAGGUGGCCGCAGUGGAGCCGGUGGCACCAGAGUCCGCUGGCCUGACGGCGUCCGUGCCGAAGACGAUCGGGGCUGAGCUGAUCGAGCUGGUGCGCAGGAACACCCACCUCAGCUACGAGCUGUCCCGCGUGGCCAUCGGCGUGGUGAUCGGCCACAUCCAGACCUCCAUCCCCGCAACCAGCAACAUCAUGGAGCAGAUCCUCAUCUCUGUGGUGGAGAGCAAGAAUCUGAGCUCUGGGUUGCCCUCGGGGCAGGUCUGCCAUGAUGAGCAGCGGCUGGAAGUGAUCUUCGCAGAUCUGGCCAGGCAUAAGGAUGAUGCUCAGCAGCGCAGCUGGGCACUGUACGAGGAUGAAAAUGUCAUUUGCUGUUACCUGGAGGAGCUGCUUCGCAUCCUGACAGAUGCAGACCCAGAAGUUUGCAAGAAAAUGUGCAAGAAGAAUGAGUUUGAAUCAGUUCUGUCCCUUGUGGCAUAUUAUCAGAUGGAACACAGGGUGCCGUUACGACUGCUACUGUUGAAGUGCUUUGGAGCAAUGUGCAACUUGGAUGCUGCAGUUAUCUCAACACUUGUAAACUCUGUGCUGCCAAUGGAGCUGGCCCGUGACAUGCAGACUCACACACAAGAUCAUCAAAAGAUGUGCUAUUCUGCACUGGUGCUGGCAAUGAUAUUCUCCAUGGGGGAGCCGCUGCCAUAUCAUCACUACGAGCAUCUCAACUCACAGUUUGUGCAGUUCCUGCUGGAUGUCAUUGAGGACGGGCUGCCCUCAGACACCACCGACCAGCUGCCCGACUUAUUUGUCAAUGUCCUUCUGGCCUUCAACCUCCACAUUCCAGUUCCAGAACAUAGUGUGAUCAUGACGACAAUAAGCAAGCACUCCAAUGUCAAGACUUUCACAGAAAAGCUACUGCUGCUGCUGAACAGGGGAGACGAUCCAGUUUGCAUCUUCAAGCAUCAGCCUCAGCCACCACACUCAGUGCUGAAGUUUCUGCAGGACAUCUUUGCCAGCAAGGAUACUGCCAGCAUCUUCUACCACACGGACAUGAUGGUCCUGAUAGACAUCUUGGUGCGGCAGAUCGCUGAUCUCUCCCCUGGAGACAAGCUGAGGAUGGAGUAUCUGUCUCUGAUGCACGCCAUCAUCCGCUCCACGCCGUAUCUGCAGCACCAGCACCGCCUCUCUGACCUGCAGGGCAUCUUGCAGCGCAUCCUAGGAGAGGAGGAGGAGGGGCAGCAGUGCCAGAUGGACAAACUGAUCAUCUUGGAAAUUUAUAAAGAGUUUCCAGAAAUCUCUCCGGGUACCAGCUAACCGCUCCUUGGCUUGGACUGGAGCUUGAACCACUUGGAUCAAAGACGUCUCUUGUUGACACUUUCUCCCCAUUCCCUUCCAGUACAGCUCAUACCUUAUAUUCCUCCGUGCGAGGCCUAAGGUUUGGACAGAGUGUUCAUAGCCCUUUAGAAAUGCCAGCGGCAGGAGGAGCAUGGGGUGCCCCCAGGGCCUGGUGCUCUGGGGACGUUAGCGUGGGCAGAACGGGGUUGGGCGCUAGCUCGAGGCUUGCGUACAAGACUUGGGACAGGAGGGUAUUUAACCAGCUGGUGCUGACAGAAGGGCAGAGAGCUUGUGAGGGACUUGGCAGUCGGGAUGGCUGUGUGCGUUUAGCUGCGCUGGUGUCCUGAGGUCCUGGAGCGAAAGGCCUUUGCCUUAGGGUAUCACUUCUUUUCCAUGUGCAUCUCUCCCUGCAGUGACCAAGUGGAGUCCGCUGGUGCUUGGAAGAAGCUUUCGUAACAUCUGUUUUGUUUUCUGCUGCUAGUGCCAAUGUGCUGCAGCCCUGCCAAGGGAGGUAGCUCGCUCGCUGUCUAACGCCUUGCCUGGUGAGCCUUUCGUGCCCUCCUGGCUCUCAGCUUCGAUUCUAGGUUACAGUCCACCUAGGGUCUUAGGUCUUAUCCCAGCAGCUGCUUUUUUCAAUCUGCUUUCUGUAGUGACGUUUAAAUCUGAAUUUCUCGCACACUCUGGCUGCCUAGAACCAACAUUUGCCUGGGUGAUGCAGCUCUCUUAGGAAGCCUUCGGCCCGGACGUGAUGCAGAGACGUGUCCUGCCACGUGAGAGCUGCAGCUUGCCGCCUCUCUAGCAGCGCUGCCCCGGGGCCCGGAGCAGAGGGGUUGUCUGUGGCAGGGGCUCUGUUUGUAAAGCGUGUGGAUUUCUUGCCUUGAGCUUUGUAGUGGCUCUGCCUCGCUGUCCUUUCUCUCCACGUGGCAGUGCUCAGAGGCAGCCUGAGCCUGGUGUCCAGUAGCUCUGUUGUGACUAUGCACGAGUGUGGGGAACCAUUUAUAUUUCUUCUAGGUUUCUAGCAAACAGGAUUAACCUGUUUCCUUGUUACAGCUACAGUCACAAACUAACGUGGAUCAAUUAGAUAUUCUUGUGCGCAGUCUGGUCACUCCCUGUCCCCAGCUGUUCCUUUGCAGUAUCCUGUGUAGGAGCCAUUGGAAAGUGGAACUGGAAGUACUGGAAAUAGUGGGCAUGGUAUUCUUAGCUUGUGGAAAUGACACCUGAGCUCUGCCCUGCAGGCCUGGGCUCUGGGUGCUGGGGCAGCGAGGCUCAGGAAUGGAGGGGAUUGGCCUGGCAGCCAGGGGGUGAGGAUGCUCCCAGGUCAGCCCAGGAACACCUAAAGCUUAAUAACCACCCUCGUAGAGAAACCUAUUUUUUCCCUGUAAAAAUGUAUGAAUGUCAAAAGGGAUCCUGUAUUUUCUUAAACACUAAGUGUAACAUGCAGAGGAAUAAAAAUGUCUUAAACUGG